GUUUUCGGAUCACAGACACACUAAAUCCGGUUGUUGGACCUUAAUUAGAAUAAUUUCUUUUCCGAAGUCAGUUCGUGUAAACUCCCAAUUCAAAUCCCAAAUUCCCAAUCUCGACACCUAUCUUCUUCCUGCCUUAAUCUGGUACUCAAACGGAGUAAACGGAUUUCUGUAAAUUGUAAUCAUGGAAAGUGACAGCGACCAAGGAACUUCCGAUAUGAAGACGAUAUCUCGGCAUUCUUAUGGCGACGACCCUGACAAACCUAACUUCACCAUUUCUAUAAUAGAGUUAGAAUAUGAAAGAGGAAUAUGGUCUGUUUGUAUGGCCCUGUAGCAUCAUCCUCGCGGAGUAUGUUUGGCAACAGAGAUCGCGAUUCUCCGGAGCAACCGUAGUCGAACUCGGUGCUGGAACUUCCUUGCCGGGUUUAGUCGCUGCAAAAGUUGGUGCUGACGUCACGCUCACUGACCAAUCAGAUAAGCUACAGGUAUUGGAGAACAUGAAAAGAGAGUGCAUUUUAAAUCGGCUGGACUGUAAAGUAGUAGGAAUGACAUGGGGAGUUUGGGAUGAAUCUAUAUUCAGUUUAUGCCCAAAUUUUAUUCUCGGUGCCGAUGUACUCUACGAUGCGAGUGCAUUUGAUGACCUCUUUGCUACUGUGACAUAUCUGCUCCAAAAUUCUCCGGGGUCAUUUUUUAUUACAACAUAUCACAGUAGAAGUGGACAUCAUCUCAUUGAGUUUUUGAUGGUGAAAUGGGGAUUGAAGUGUGUAAAGCUGCUGGAUGGUUUCUCGUUCUUGCCAUCUUACAAGGCAUCUUCACUUACGGGCAACAUUCAGUUGGUGGAAAUUGUGUUGAAUCAGGAAUCAACUUAGGCAAUCUUCACUUCCUGGAUUCCAAGAGGACCAUCGUGCUUUAUAAUUUCCAGUAAAGAUGCUUAUUUGCUCUCUGGGUAUUGCUUUAGUGAUCAAUGCAUUUGUUCACUUGUGUGGUAAUCGAGCAUCAAACAUAUAGUUUCAAAUGGCAUUGUUAAACCUUAACAAAUGGCUUAACAUCCUUCUCCUUAUCAACUCAAUUUGCAUAUCUGAAAUUUAUUCGCUGCUUUUGCUAAAAA